UAUUCUACGUACACUUCAUCAAGUGAUAAAGCAAAGUGCUAAUCAUCUGCGCUUGCAAACAGACUCUGUGCUACACUAUGUCGAUGCCCAUGGACAUUGAGAGGUUCAACUUCAAUAAGAUAUUCCGUGACAUUGAAAGACAUGUGGAGAUUCGCCUCAAGGCUCAUCAAAGCAAGCGAACACAAACCAAUGCUCGAUUUUAUGAGGCUUUUGAAACCCUGAGCCAGCUACUAGGUCCUCUGAAGGAGCACCAGAAAGCAAUCUCUGAAGGAUGCUCUAAGUAUGACUUUGUUCAUCCUGAUGGUAAAGUAGUCAAGGGCAACGGUUAUCGGAGUCUUCUUUUCCUUCUCUCCUGCCUCCUACAGCCAGUAUGCGACCUAGUGGUGAAGAUCUCCAAAAACGUUGGCAAUCUGACCUUCUCCUCCGUAGAUGCCAUCAACAACCUUUGCGCCUACUGCAGGGCUUUGCAGGGUAUGGAGGUGCUGUUCCGCAAUUCAGUGUACCUAAUGCAGAUCACCCCAGCCCCACAGCUGUUCAACAAUACUCCUCUGAAGGAUCAAAUGUUGAAAGCCCUGUCUCACGAGUAUCUUUGUAGGGACGUCUUCUAUGGCAAGCUCCACGGUUUCCAGUACGCCCCCACAAUGAAACCUCUCUUGUACAUGGUCAACGUAGCCAUGGCUUCCUAUGAGCAAUGGUACAACGCUGACAGAGGAGAGUCCAUGCUCAGACAACUAGUCUCCUCCAUACUGACUGGGGGAAGGUACAUGCAGAACUCAUCUCGUCGUGGUCUGAAACUGGACAAGCUCACCACGGACACCUCAGUCUAUUUUGUCAAGGCCUUCUGGUCGCUCCUCGAGGGAGAUGCACUCAAGAAAGGGAUGAAUGUGAUUGCUCACUCUGUGGAUGUGAAGCAUACGUUGGAGAUACCAGCCAAGACAAUCAAGCUAGAGGGGACCAAGGGGGAGGAGGUGGAGUUGAUCCCACCCUCUGGGACACUAGGCUACAAACCCAUCCCUCUCCUGCUCCUCUCACACAAGUGGAGGGAAGGACAACAACCCAGUCGUACAGUAUCUAGCAGGACUCCUCGGCCCCUUCCUCCAGCCACUGGGCUCAUCUUCCACAUGCACGGUGGAGGCUAUGUGGCACAGUCUCCAAAUAGUCAUGAGUUUUACCUUCGUAAGUGGACCUUUGAGCUGGAGACACCGAUUGUGUCUGUGGAUUACACACUGGCCCCAGAGGGUCCCUUCCCCAGAGCACUGGACGAGUGUGUGAUGGCCUAUGCCUGGGUCCUACAGAACACAGACAAGCUAGGAACUACAGCGGAGAGAAUCAUCUUCGUGGGUGACUCAGCAGGGGGCAACUUCUCCAUCACGCUAGCCAUGAAGGCCAAGGAGCUCGGUAUCAGAAUGCCUGACGCUAUUCUCUCCGUCUACCCAUCCACCAACAGCACGUCUGCUGCGUGUGCCUCUCGUGUUCUGGCCGUAGUCGACCCUAUACUGCCCCUUGGUAUAAUGUUGGCAUGUCAACAGGCCUACACAGGUCAGCUGCCCGAUGACGAGGUGCUCAAGAUGAGGGGAGAGUACAGAGACAGGAUUCACAAAGCUAGGGGAUUCUACACCCCUGAUCCAGACUCAAAAGAUGCUAGAACUCCCCCACCGUCAACACGUAGUAGCUCCUCCAAGGCCAGUAAGCAGCUCCCUGAGCGCCCUCCUCCCCCUAGCCUCAACAGCCUCAGGGAGGUACACAAGAAAAGUAAAGGCUAUAGCAAGAUAGAGGAUGCACUGGAGGAGGUGGAACUGAAUGGAGACGAGGAGGAGCAGUCCGAUGGGGCAGAGGCCCUCGACAAAGAAGACGACCCUAAUAUGCAGUCCCUGUUGCCAAACCUUCCCAAGCCGUGUGUGCCCGAAGAGGGAGACAAGUUGUCAGAACAAGAGAUUGAGGAGCUGGCCACAGAGCUUAUGAAAGCGUUUGAUUCUCCUGCGAUCACCAACGACCCCUAUAUGUCUCCCAUGUUGGCCACACCUGAAAUGCUCGCUGGAUUGCCCCCUGUCCACUUAGUGGGAGCAUCCCUAGAUCCACUGCUAGAUGACUCAGUGAGCAUGGCACAACUGCUCAAGUCCGUCAAUCAACCUGUCUCUCUGGACAUAGUUCACGGGCUUCCCCAUGGGUUUCUGUGUAUGGUCAGUCUGGGUAACAACAGCGACCUCAACCAUGCACACCGACUGUGCCUGAGCAUCUUGAAGAAAGAACUUGUUACUACCCCCAAAGAGUAACUGAAUAGUUUCUAGACUACUAUAGUGCUCUUUUUUUUUUUACCCAUUUAAUUUGUAGAAACUGGUAUAGUUAUAAUUAUGUAUAACUUCUUGCACACAAUAUUUGUCAGUUCCAAAAAAUUUGUUGUCUAUUAAGUAA